AUGGCGCCUUGGUGGAUGCCGAAUGAACCUACUGCCGAACGCAUAGGAGUAUUCUCUGCGCUCUGCCUGUCGGUGCUCCUUGGAGCUGCCGUGGGGUUAUAUGCCAUGUACCGGUUGCAAAAAUGGCUCAAGCGCGGCCGCGACGCCGUGCUCGAAGAGCCCAACACGGCAGCGGACCUCAAAUGCGGGGACGCGUCGUACAUUUGCAAACCGGGGGCCGCCAGUAUUGCGCCCUGUUGUCGGAACAGUCAACCGCCUGCGGCCGCAACAGCGGCAGGGCUUGCGCCUUGGCCCAGCCUCAAGCACGGUGGUCCGUACAACGUAGCCGCAGGCGCUGGGGUCCUGCCCAUGCUCGACACCGCUGCCAACAGCAUCGGAGCUGCACGGCAUCCACUUCCUGCAGCCCCAACACGGACAGCAGGAGCGCAAGGCAAGGGCUCACCCUCCGGAAGUAGCAGCAGCGGCAGUGAUGCUGCCACCGCCACCGCCAGCCCCGCCUCAUCUUCUCCGUCACCGCCUCGCGACGACGACGAUAACGACUAUCCUCAGGAGCCGCUCAGCCCUCAUGGCAGUCGUCAUGACUCGUCCCGCAGCUUCACUGCUGGGGAUGGCUUCCCAGGGCCGGAUGGCCCCGGGAAGGCAGUCAGGCGGGUGCUAGAGACCGGGCCGGAACCGGCCGACGGAGAUGGUGACGGCCGUGGAGGGGACUGCAGCGACAGCAGCCGUUAUGUUGCGAUGAACAGCGUUGGGACUGGGCUGGCAGUAGCACUAGCAGGAGGGCCCGGAGCUACAGCCGGACCCGGAUCCAGGGAGUUCGGGAUUCCAUCCUCGGCGCGAGUACGACCCGUUGCUGCUGCAGCCAAUGAAGGGGGAGGGGUGGCGGCGCCGACGACGACGCCGGUGCCGGUGACUCCGCCGGCGAGAACGCAUGCGCACAUCGUAACGCCGCAGACCCCCUCAUGCGCUGCGGCAACCCCAGCGGAAAGCGCCGUGUACGCAACCCGGGCUCUGUUCGAGUCAUACCACGAGCGCGAAAUUGAGCAGCGUUUGCUCCAAGCAGUCUUUGGUCCAUGUCACCAGCCCGAGAUGCCGCCAACGCAGCAGCAGCAACAACAGCAGCAGCAGCAGCAAAAUUGGGGCUACGAUACACGAGGUGGCCUUUGUGCUCACGCAGCAGCUCAGCUGCAGCCGUCGCCCGCGAUGACUAUGCUACCUGUGCCAACCCCGCUUACGGCAGCUGCCUCAAUGCCACCGCCGGCGACGACACCUAUAGAUGGCUCCCGCCAGUGUGCGGAUUUGGCCAUAGCGACAGCUUGCCUCAGCGCGCCGACGCCGGUGCCCCCGCCACGGCAGCAGGAGCAAGAGCUGACAGCGACGGCAACGUUGGCGUCUUGGCGCCCAUCUCUGGCGGAUCCGCAGGGCCAAGGAGCGCCGAGCGCGCCUGAGCUCCUGCCGCCGGCAUCUGUACGGCAGCAGAGUAGGGAGGACAAGAAGGGCGCUGAUGCAGGGCCGGUGUCGGAGCCAUGCCUAGCUAUAGCAUCUGCACCCACGCCAUCACCAUCACGGGACCCGUCCAGGGAAGCUGUGCGCGAAACGCCUGCUCAGCUUCCGCCGGCAGCAGACUUCUUGCUUCAUCCGCCGGCACCUGCACCGUCGCUGCCGUCGUCGUCCCCUUGGUCGCCCACCUUCCCCGGCGGCCAAUCGGGCGCCGCCGCCAGGAGCAAUGCAGAGGACACCGUAGCAGCAGUAGCAGCUACUGUGACAGGGUCGCGUAUGGCAGGGGCCGCCGGCGGCGCUGGCGCCUCGACGACCGUUGCCGCCGCAUCUUCUUCAACUAUUCCCAACCACAGUACCGCCAGUAUCGCUUCGGUGGACGGCAGCCGGUCUCGCAGCCCUGGCGGCAGCGGCGGCGGCGCCGGAGGCACCCCGGCGUACGGCACCGUCGCGGCUGUGCUCGCAUGCUUGGCUGGCGAGAAUGCGGCGCAGCAACAGCCGCCGCCGCCGCCCCAGCAGCAGCAGGAACAGCUAGGGCCGUUCAUAUCGCAGCUGCCGCCACCAUUCAUGCCGCCCAAUCCAUACCAUUACCAACAGCAUGAUCGCCUUAAUCAUCCUGAUCAUCAUCAUCAUCAUCAUCAUCACCAACAUGAGCAGGAAAAACAGCAGCAGCAGCUGUUUGAGCCAGGGACGCAGUUCUUGCACUUGCAGAUACCGAAGGCAUCUAUUUUGCCGAUGCCGCAGCAACCACCACAGCUUAGUACGACAGCUGAGCAGUACGGCAGCAGCGCGACCGCAGACCAUUCGAUUCAGCCAGCCAGGCCUACCGCAGCUGGGCCUGGCGGCCUACCGGGAUCGGACCCGCCGCUUGGCGUAGGUGUCUCGGGGCCGAGGAUGGGUGGCGGCCGUGGCAGCGGCGACGGCGCUGUGGACGGGCGUGCAGAGGGAUGUGGUACGGACGGUUGUUCAUGGCACGAUGCACAUGCCUUGGCGAGCGCAGCGGACUUUGCGGAAGGCCGUGGCGAAAGGUUGUGGGGGCUGCGCCGCAGUCACAGCAGCAGCCGCGGCAUGAGCACCCGAUGGGCUCGCAACCCAGGUAUGGCGGCCACCGCGGCGGCUAUAGGCACGGCAGGUAUGGCGGUGUCACCCCGCGGCCCUUCCGGUUCUUUGUCGAGUGGCGAUGGCGGUGGCGGUGGCGGCGGCGGUCAUACUGGCGACGACGGGUCGGUGGAGGCGGUUGGAUUCCUUCCGCGUAGAGGUCCUGCUCAAUUGGAGGUCUGUGGUCAGGACGCGAUGGGAGUCUGUGGCAAGGUAAACGUGGACAGCGGUGUCGGUGCCGAUGCAGUGUUGUGCAGGAAGGCGCAGGUGGUGGCGACGCGGGGGUUGCUGGUCCCGCUGGUGCCAAUGGCACCCAGGGUGUGGCCGGCGUCGGGCGCGGCUGGUGUGGAGGGACCUCUGGCUCGGAGCGUUGCGGAGCGUCUCAUGACGAGCAAUCCGCUGUUUAGGCGCAUGGAGGGGGAUUGUGGAACGCCCGAGGACAGCGGAGCUGAAGAUGAAUAA